UGAAUCUUUUUCUUAAAAUCAGUUUAUUAUUUUUAGAGAAAUCUCCUCCGAAUCAUGUUCAACACAUUCAUCAUCAACAGAAAUUUUACAAACAACUAAAUUAAAUGUCGUGCUAACUAAUAAAGGACUUCAAAUAUAUGGAACAUGGAGUACAGAGAAAUUAUUGACAUUACUAACAGACAGACUUAAACAAUGCAUUCGUAUGCAGUCGGAUGCAUUGAAAAAUAUUUCUAUUGAUGUUGCAAAUGAUGAAAGAUUAUUGAUCUCUAUCUAUAGUGGCUUAUAUAGUAUUCGUGUUUUAAAGAAAUUGAGAGAGAAAGGUAUGUCUAUAUAUAACAUUAUAAAAGCAAUGAAACUAGGACUUAUCAGUCUUAGUUAUUGUGAACUUCAUUAUUUUAAAGAGUUUAAUGUAGAGCCAUAUAGUCUGAAGUUCAAAGAAAUGUGGACCACCAAAUUUAACGAUGAGUUAAUUUUAAAUUUAAGAUCUACAAGUUUAGAUGAUAUAAAUUGUUGGAAUAUUAUUGUACACGGAGUAGCACUUCAAACUCCAAAUAUUCUUCGUUAUUUAACUUUAAGCGGUAUUGAUAUUCCUGGAAUUUUAAACUGGCAAUCCCCUGUUAAUUCUGCAUCUUCUAAAAUAAUUGAAUUUUUGAGGCUCAUUGGAAUAGAAGAAAAUGUCGUACAAUUAGUAGAACAAUAUGGAAUUGAUGAAGAAACUGAACAAAUGUUAGUUGACUUGGGCCUCGAUGCAAUGGAAGAAAAAUUUCCAAUUUUGGAGGAACUAAUAUGCGAAUGUAGUUUAACUAUAUUGGAACCAAUCAGUAGCUGUCUAGAAAUAACGCAAGAAAUCUACAAGACAAAUUCUAGAACCAGUUCUAGUUUUACCAGUGUACCAGAAUAUUAUCAACAAUGUAGUUGCUUGUGUCAAUGUCAUAUUUUAGCAAAAAAUAAAACAGUAUAUGAAUUAACUGCGCAACGAAAUGAUUACUUAAGACAAAAUGUUAUGGUGCCAUUAUCAUGGGCAAUGGCUAAAACUCUAGAAUACAAGCCAUCAGACCCAAUACAUUUCAUGGGAUAUAAAUUAUUGCAAUGGAUUUUCAGCAAUGUUCCCAAAACCAAAAAGGACAAUCUUCAAGAAUUAAUUGCGCUAUCUACUAUAGAAAUGGAUCGUAAACUUGUUGAGACGAAACGUUUAGAAAAAGAAGAACUAAUAAAAAAUCUGAAUGAAGAAGCCAUGAAAAAUAUUCCUUGCGAUAUUUGCAAAGGCUAUCAAGAAUUAUAUCGUAUUAAAAAACAAUGUUGGAAAUGUGUAUGGAAAUCACUUAAAAAAUUUGAAAGUUGUGAAUUUCCUGAAAUAUGCAGUUCGUGUAAAAUAAGUGUAUCAGAUAAGAAUGAUGUAUUGGAGCAAUCUAACAAAUAAUAAAAAUAUUUAUAAAAGACAGAUA